AUGCCACCGAAAAAAUCUAACCUCAACAACGCGAGCAGCAAAGGGUCACGACGCAAACGUGUUGAAAGAGCUCAGCAAUUACCAGAACAAAUCGAAACAAAAAAUGCAGCUCAAAUAAUCAAGAAUGUAGAAAAUCGUGCACAAGAAUCUCCAGAACAGCGUGACGAACGUCUGCAACAGAAUAUUACGAGAACAAGAGCGGCACGAGAACGAAACAUAGCUACAGCAUUGAAGCUUCGGAAUGAAGCAGCCGGCAUGUGCUGCGCAUCAGGAAAAGUUGUGCUGUCACCUCUACCCGCUCCGCCGGAGCCUUUAUUAUCCCUUCUUACUGGCAAUUCAGAUGAUUCCAAAUUAUUUUUGCGUAAGAUACGCAAAUUUAAUUCUUGCGUCCAAAUGACGUCAUUUGGGGCAACUAAAAUUUGCGAUCGUGCAUCCGAUGGACGUAAUUUUGAAACUACAUCCAAAAUUCAAGGCCAGGUGUACCAUAAAAUCGGAUCACUGAUGCCAAUGCCUGAUAACAAUCCGAAAUUUCUUCAAAUUUAUUUUAUGGGCGAUUGUGAAGAGCGCGUGACGACUCGGUGCCUAGUUUCGCCACGACUGCAAAAUGACAAUUAUCAAAUCGUCAUAAAAGCCGACAAAGUACCAUUAGGUGAACAUGCUGGUAGAUUCAACGCUCCAACUGUUGAUGAGGUUGCUGUUAUCAUGGUUGGUGAUCCAGUUGACAAAAGAUCUAUAAAAAUUACACGGCGAGACAACACUGUCAGUACGAUUUCGGAUCUACACCGUUCAUAUGACGCACUACAAUAUCCAUUGAUAUUUUGGCAAGGACAAGAUGAAUAUCACCUUAAUAUCAAACAGUAUGAUCCAAAUACCGGUGAUUACAGAAAUAAUAAAGUUAGCUCAAUGAACUACUACGCACAUCGAAUAAUGGUUAGACAACAUCAAGACAAUUAA